CUCGUUGUUCGUUCUCUCUCGGUUGGAAUAGUUUUUAGUUACAGUGUAGUUGAACGCCAUCCAGUUUCUUGUUUCUAGCCUAGCUAGAAUUAAUUAAAUUUUCUAACAGAAUAAUAAUUUUGACCGUCUAGGAGUCGAAAAGUCAAAGGAAUUUUGAAAAUGGAAACGGAUCAGCCCAACCCAUUUACUCUCACACUAGAUGAGAUUAUAGUACUAAACAAAAAACGGAAUUCAGAAGCGGAGGAGAAAAAAGCUCUUGCUUUCACUAUAAACAGCAGAACUCAAUCCAGGGCUGGAUCCGUGAUCAAUGAAGAUCCACCUUCAGUAAGCCCGAUCAAACGUCAUCGACUUAUAAAGAAGGACCUAAUGUCUCAGAGAAGGCCUGUCCACGACAGACUCGGGUGGAAGAAUAGCCUGAACAGAAAAAUGUACUACAAGAAAAAAGGGAAUUUUCAAAAUAACAAUUCAAACAGUAUGGCUCCUCCACUUACAACAAGAGUGCUGAAGAGACAUAAUGAAACAAAUGGCAAUUUCACAGUUAAGCGAAUUAAGAAAUCUCCUUCAGUAUCGUCAUUUUCUGUUAGAAGUAGCAGACCUCAACUAAAAAGGCACAGCUUGAAAGGAGAACUGGAUCCUGAGAUACAAGAUCUGCUUGCAAGAAUGGCUGAGUCAGGUGACCAGCCUCUCCUGAAAACACGCACAGAAAUAUUCGUAGAUGACCUGAAGUCCCUCAGUCAGUUCAGGGUAACGCCAGUUGCUACCUCCAUACCGACAUUUGCUCGUUUUAUGAUGAAUGAUGAUUGAAAUCGGUUAUUACAGAGCUGUUUUGAACUUGUAAAUGACAAAUAGCUGAUUCCUUAAAUAUGGCUGCAAUUCUCACAACAAACUUUACAUGAGAUUGUAUUACCUGUGCUCUAUGUAACAACAUAUUGUUUAUAGUAAAAUGUUUAGCUGUACACCACAUUUGCCUCAAAAACAUUUUUGUUAAUGAAUAUUGUAUUUUUUAUAUAAAACUAUGUCAAGUCUUUAGUGAGCUUACAAUUUUACGACUAGCAAUUUCAUUAUUGUACUAGUAUAGGCUACCUUUACUAAAGUUUAUCCUUAUGAUAGUUGGAACAUGUUUACUCAGAAAGAUUGAUUUUGUUAGAGUAAAUACAAUUACUGGUAUUUAACCCUCUGAGUGUUAUUUGUCGCUGCAGCGACACAUAACACAUUAUAUUCUAAGCUUCUUUUCAUUAUAUUCUAAGCUUUCUCUAGAGGUCUGUCUCAGCGCUGUAUGUUCUCCGAGCCGAUCGUAAUUGUAGCAGACAGCUGACGUGCGUAUUUGUAAAUAGCUAGGUUACCCUCGGACCGAUGACUGAUGUGUUUUAUUACGUUUAUCAUUGUUUUAGUGUUAAAAAUCAAAAGUAGUGAUAUACGUGGUGCAUUAUAAGAAGAUUUAAGUGAUUUUGAAGGGCUGGUUGUUGAUCCUGAAGAAGUAGGUAGUGAUAUUGAUGUAAAUUAUCAGCCAGAUUCCUAGCUAUGGUUAGGCUAUGGUUAGGCAUUCUUAGCUAAACGCUAUGUACUGAAAUCUGUUUUUUGCCCAUAACUUAUUUAUUUGCAAAUCUACUUCCUUAUAUUAUUAUAUAUUUGUAAUCCUCAUAAAAUUUAGAACAAAGUGGCUAUUUUCAAAUAUUUAUAGGCCUAUAAUUUAUACAAUUUCAUUGAGCGCAAACUUAUUUUUUUUUUGAAAAUUUUCCAAAAUAUUUUCUUUUUUUACCUAAAAAAAUUUUUGAAACAAAUGUUCCUUAUGUUCUAUGUAUAACAUUGAAGCCCAUGAUUUUCCAAACAAAAUGGUAUAUAGAACAGUAUAAUUAACAUUGUUUUCAAGCUUCUCAGAUCCGUUUUAAUAAAACCUUGCAAAUGAGCAAAAAAUAGGCAGACAUUAAGGCCAAAACAAGGGACACUCGGAGGGUUAAAUACCUGUAAAUACCUAUACUAAAGUUUAACCUUAAUACAGUCUAAACAUGUUUUUGAUUUGGUUAGUUUGUUAAUGCAUUACACUAGGGAUGGACGAGAUUGGAUUUUUAGUUCGAGACGAGACGAGACGAGAUUUUUUAUUUCUCAUAAAAUUUCGAGACGAGAUCGAGACGAGAUUUCUCUUCUCAUACACAACGGGAAAUGCACGUUCGAAAUUUUUACCUGAUUUUGUAACAUUGUUAGAUGACUGUUUAAAUACUAAAAUAAUGAUAAUAGGCAAGAAUAUUUACAAUCUUUUAUUAAAUAACAUCAGCAUAACAUUUUUUUAUUAAUCACGCCUAACUUAUUAAAAAUGCCUACGAUUAGGAAACAUGGUGAUAUCAGUUAGGAUGGAUUUCAACUUAUCCUAAAAUAAAAUAAAUCAUAAAAUAAAAGCAAUAUUAAUUUUUAUAAAAUAGUUACUUGUUUUGACUUUUUUAUAGUAAUAAAACAUUCCUCACACUGCUUACACUUAACAAAACUUCUCAAAUGUUAUUAAAGUAAUAUUAUUAAAAUAAUGAAAGUAAUAUUUACAUUAAAAGAUUUAAAGUAAUAUUUACAUUAAAAGAAUUAAUUAAAUAAGAACGCCUUCGAAAAGGAAACGCAACUACAACACGCUCCUGUAUUGCGGGUAUUGCAUUGACUUUCUG